AUGGAAACUACUGCGUUCUUCAUUUCUCUGCUAGUUCCCUUUGCUGCUCUCUACUAUUUCUACUGUAAAAUUAUUCCUAGCCCCAGGCAACAAGUAGCAGGUUAUCAACUGCCGCCAGGAAGCACAGGUUGGCCCAUCAUUGGUGAAACACUCGAGUAUCUACGCACAGCCAGAAACGGUGUCCCUGAAAAGUCUGUGGCAGACCGAAGGAGAAAGUACUCUGAUGGCUCGUGCAAGGUGUUCAAGACAUCGUUGCUCGGCGAACCUAUGGCCAUGCUGUGCACCGCAGCUGGAAACAAGUUCUUGUUUUCGAACGAGAACAAAUUGGUCAAGACCUGGUGGCCUGCUAUCUUCGAGAAGUUGUUUUCGAACACUGAAAAAAUAGACUACUCCAAACAGGCCGUCCGAAAUCGCAAAGACAUAUUUCCAUUUCUCAAACCUGACGCUGUUCGAAUACAUGUACGCGUGAUGGAUCAGGUCACCAAACGCCAUUUCGAUACGUAUUGGUCGUCUCUGGAUCAAGAACAAGUGGUCAAAUUUCACUCACUAGCAAAAAAGUACACCUUAUCAUUAUCUUGCAGACUCUUCUUAAACAUCGAGGAUCCGCAGGUGAUCGCCAAGCUAGAGAAAUAG